AGUAAUUCUUUUGCGCGUCACUGUCUGUCCUCUAAUAUUAAACCCAACGCAGAUCUGCAGCUGACAUAUCAGAACAGAGAGACUCUUUUCCAAGUUAAAAUCAUCAUCUGAUCGAUCAUGGCGGGAACUGUGGCGCGUAAAGCGGUGGAUUAUUUGCGCAGUAAAGAUUUCAGAGAAUAUCUCAUGAGGUCACAUUUCUGGGGUCCUGUGGCAAACUGGGGUCUGCCCAUCGCUGCUAUCUCUGACAUGAAGAAGAGUCCAGAGAUCAUCAGCGGCAGAAUGACUUUUGCUCUCACCUGUUACUCACUCUUGUUCAUGAGGUUUGCCUACAAGGUGCAACCCAGAAACUGGCUUCUGUUUGCCUGCCAUUUAACCAAUGAAACAGCACAACUCAUCCAGGGCAGCAGACUCAUCAAAUACAACAUGGAGAAGAAGUUGGCCAAAUGAUGGAGGUUUCUGUUCACAUCCUGCUUUUAGCAAGAUCAAUAAAGCUGUAUCACAACA